GCCGCUUUUUAUUAAGAGGUGUGGAUUUUCGGGACAGUUUCCCUGACUUGUCUCCCCGAUAGGUUCUUCUGUUUUGUGAGAGAAGUUUGACAGUGGUUGUUUGGGAUUCACAGCACGCAUUUCUUCUCCUUCAUGUUUGCCCACCGUGCCUGUGUGUGAGUUUGGCAGUCCCGAGAAGUCUCCUCUGCAAUGGGUAGAAAAUGACGAUCGCUACAUCCACUAAAGGUGCAUCGAUCAACAAUGAACUCUCACAGUCGCCAAGUGGAUGUGAGCACAGCGGCGCUCCCCUCGCAGGUUCCCUCCGCCGCCUCUGCCAUCCUUCCCAUGGACCUCCGCAUUGUGGACCACUCUCACCACCACCACCAGCAGCCUCCCUUCGGCCUGGUGUCCCAGCCCCAUCCCACACCAGCCCCCUCCACAGCCUGUCCUGCAUCGUCCGAGCUGGGCAACGGACCGGUUGCUGGCCGUCAGGACCAGCACUUGCAACAGGAACUGGUGGCUCUGAAGCACAAGCAGGAGCUCCAGAGGCAGCUACUGAUUGCUGAGUUUCAUAGGCAACACGAGCAACUGUCGCGACAACAUGAAGUCCAGCUCCAGGAGCAUAUUAAGCAUCAACAGGACCUGUUGGCCCUCAAGCAUCAACAAGAGCUGCUGGAGCAUCACAGGAAGAUGGAGCAGCAGCAUCAUGAGCAACAGCUGGAGAAGCAGCAGCGGGAACAGAAACUCCAGCAGCUGAAAAACAAGGAAAGGGGACAAGAAAGUGCUGUGGCCAGCACGGAGGUAAAGAUGCGACUUCAGGAGUUUGUGCUGAACAAGAAGAAAGCCCUGGCUCAGCGAAACCUAAACCACUGUAUGCCCAGUGACCCCCGCUACUGGUAUGGGAAAACUCAGCAUAGCUCUUUGGACCAGAGCUCACCCCCUCAAGCGGCGCUGUCAGCGUACACGCAUCCAGUGCUGGGAGCGUUCGACUCAAAGGAUGACUUUCCUCUGAGGAAAACAGCAUCUGAGCCCAACCUGAAGCGCCGUUCAUGGCUAAAGCAGAAAGUGACGGAGCGUCGAAGCAGUCCUCUGCUCCGCAGGAAAGACGGGCCAAUCACUACUGCCAAGAAGAGAUCACUCGACAGAGCUGACUCUGCAUGCAACAGUGCGCCAGGCUCCGGCUCCAGUUCCCCCAACAACAGCUCCAGUAACAUCCCCAGUGAAAACGGCAUCCCAAUCUCUACCAGCCCAGGAGAGGCCUCUCUGAUUCAGAGGCUGGCUACCAGGGACGGCUCACUCAGCCAGUUGUCUCUCUACACCUCACCUUCUCUGCCCAACAUCACUUUAGGACUGCCUGCCUCCGGCCCUGCAAACUCUGUGGUAUCGGGACACCAAGAUGGCGAGACUCAUCUGGCGCUGCCAGCGUUACAGCCGGGCAUUCCGUUGGCCUCGGCUUUUCUGCCCACCUCCCACCUGCCGUCUUACUUGGCCUCGUCGGCGUUGGACAGGGACGGGCCUGGAGGGGGCGCAGCUGGUCACAACCCCCUCCUUCAACACAUGGUGCUAAUGGAGCAGAGCCACAGCUCAAUGGUCGGUCUGGGUGGCCUGCCUCUCCAGUCUCCCACCGUCUCCAAACUGGUACGGGGCCACCGUCCCCUGGGAAGGACCCAGUCGGCCCCUCUGCCUCAGCAGCCGUGCGGACAGGCCCAAGCCCUGCAGCAGCUGGUGGUCCAGCAGCAGCAUCAGCAGUUCCUGGAAAAGCACAAGCAACUGUUCCAACAGCAGCACCAACAGCAGCACAUCAUCAAUAAGAUCAUGUCUAAGCCUGGCGAUCAGGUGUCAGCUGCCAGCUCUGGAGCCUCUGUGCCGGGUAGGCAGCAUCAGAGUCACCCAGAGGAGACAGAAGAGGAACUCAGGGAGCACCAGGGACUGACCUCAUCCUCGUCGUCAUCAUCCACUUCGUCUGGGCCAGAAACGGGGUUGAUACGGGGUCUGGUCAUCAAGCAGGAACCACCAGACCUCCAAGAGCAAGAAGAGAGGGAACAACGGGACCAGAGAGAGAGACAGGCUGAGCAGGACUUCAUGUUCAAACAACAGGCGAUGCUGUUGGAGCAGCAGCGGAUCCACCAGCUGCGGAGCUACCGAGCCUCCAUGGAAGCGGCCGGGUUACCGGUCAGCCUCGCUGCUCACCGCCCUCUGUCCCGGACACAGUCAUCCCCAGCCUCCGCUUCCUUCCCCAUUGUUGUCUCGGAACCUCCAGUGAAGCACCGAUUCACCACAGGUCUAGUGUAUGACUCCUUGAUGCAGAAACAUCAGUGUAUCUGCGGCAAUGCCACUAUUCAUCCCGAGCAUGCCGGCCGUAUUCAGAGUAUCUGGUCCCGGCUGCAGGAAACAGGCCUGAGGGCUCAGUGUGAGUGUAUCCGUGGAAGAAAGGCGUCACAGGAGGAGCUGCAGACGGUCCACUCUGAGGUCCACGUCCAGCUGUACGGAACCAACCCGCUGAGACAGAAACUGGAGUGUUCCGUGAAUCCCAUGUUUGUGAGGUUACCAUGUGGAGGCAUUGGGGUGGACAGUGACACAAUCUGGAAUGAGAUCCAUUCGUCUACAGCUGCUCGACUGGCCGUUGGCUCAGUGGUGGAGCUGGUUUUCAAAGUAGCAACAGGAGAGCUGAAGAACGGUUUUGCUGUAGUUCGGCCACCCGGACACCAUGCUGAGGAGAGCACACCUAUGGGCUUCUGUUAUUUCAACUCUGUCGCCAUUGCAGCCAAGCUCCUGCAGCAGAGGCUUAAUGUCAGCAAAAUCCUCAUAGUUGACUGGGAUGUUCACCAUGGCAACGGGACCCAGCAGGCCUUCUACGCAGACCCCAGUGUUCUGUACCUUUCUCUACAUCGCUAUGACGAUGGGAACUUCUUCCCCGGCAGCGGAGCUCCAGAUGAGGUGGGCAGUGGUGCAGGUGUGGGCUUCAACGUGAACAUGGCAUUUACUGGGGGCCUUGAACCUCCCAUGGGGGACGCAGAGUAUCUGGCUGCCUUCAGAACAGUGGUGAUGCCCAUUGCCAAUGAGUUCGCUCCAGAUGUGGUUCUGGUGUCCUCUGGCUUCGAUGCUGUCGACGGACAUGCCCCACCGCUCGGAGGAUACAAACUGACAGCCAAAUGCUUCAGCUACCUGACCAGGCAGCUGAUGGGCCUGGCCGGCAGUCGCUUGGUGCUUGCCCUGGAAGGGGGUCAUGACCUGAUGGCCAUAUGUGAUGCCUCUGAAGCCUGCAUUUCUGCUCUGCUCGGCAAUGAGUUGGACCCCAUUCCUUACGAGGUGCUGCAGCAGAAACCAAAUGCUAAUGCUGUGCGCUCUAUGGAGAAAGUCAUCGAGGUUCAGAGUAAAUAUUGGCGCUCUCUGCAGCGUUCUGCCUCCACCCUCGGUUGGUCGUUGAAUGAAGCGCUGCAGCGUGACGUGGAGGAAGCUGAAACCGUUUCAGCCAUGGCUUCGUUGUCAGUCGCUAACAAGCACAUUGGAAAAAGGGCUGAAGAGGAGCCGAUGGAAGAGGAAGCUCCCAUGUAAAAAAAAAAUAAACAUGGUUAGCCUUUGACCACUAAGACCAGUGUUGAGCGCUGAAUCGGUCCUCAUCCUGGAUUCCUAGUAGAUUCCUUUGUUUCACCGUCGUUGGAAACGAUUAGACCUUUUUCUCUCUGGUAUGAAACCAGGAACUGACAAAAGUGGCUCUUGCAGAGGAACCAGACAGCAGAAGAUGAGCUUACACCAGUUAGUUGCACACAGGGCGGUAGCAUUAACCGUGUUGGACACAAGAGCCAGUUAUUUUACAGUGACAGCCUCCAGUGCUUUUUAAAAACACUAAACUUGUACAUUUUGACUGCCAGUCUGAACUGUACCAGACCUACAGCAGUCGUCUACUUCUAAUGUUUUAUUUGUUUGUUUUUUUGUGAUUUAUCAAAACCACCUUAGCUGUUGUUAAUGUGACUCUGCACUAAAGGAUGGGCUCCUGCUUUUUCAAGGUGUCAGCGUGUGGAAUAUUCUGCAUUUUUCCUACGUAAAGUUACAGAAGAUUCAAGGAUUCAGAGAGUAACAAAUGUUUGUGCCUUUUUUUGUUUUGUUUUGUUUUUUAAUUAGUGGAUUUUCUGUUGAGCUCCUCUUAAAGAGCUUUGCCUUAAAAAUGGAUUUUGGAUCAAGAAAUCUUCUCAGAAGUUUCUGUCCUGGCAAGACAAGAGGUGCCUGCAUGUUUCCGGCACAUCGACUUGAGGACGUUGGCAUGUUGACCUUUAUUACUCUGCUACCAGCCUACUGUCUUUCCCUCCAUUUCUGCUUUUUUCUCUCCUUUUGUUACAUCUUUGAAGGUAGUUCUCACCCAGAAGUAAGAGAUGAGUGUAAGAAGACUUAAAAGGAGAGACUGUGAUGUCUUUCUUUUUUUUACCAUAAAAUCUAAAAUCUUCUUUAUUAGACAAUACUGAAGCCAAAAUUAUCUAGCUUCUGCUGUUUACCACACACAGACUGGCAGUGACAGUUUCUACGGUAGAAUUUGUGUCACUUUUUAAAGAUUAUCGAGGAGUGUAAUUGCUCUCGUCUGGGCCAAUUUGUUUUUACCAUCCCACCUGGGAUUUUCCAGAGGGGUGAUCUGGAGCUGCCGUUCCUCUUGCAGCUGGUUUAACAUCUUUAGGUCCUUGUUAGAAGCACAUCUGCUCUCCAAAUGUCAGGUGCUGUUUAGCAGGUUGGUGAACAUCUCAGUCUGUCCAAAUACACUGAAACUCAAGUUUUUCAUCAUCAAUAUGAAGCAGCGCACACCAGGUAUGAUUGUUCAUUAUUAAGCCUGUUGAAAUAUUAAUUGGUUUAGAUAUUAUGUUUCCUCCCACUGUUUUUUAUGCCUCUAAAAAGCAAUGUCAUGUGGUAAAAUGAUGUUACAAACAGAUCAACUGGGAUUCAUGCCUUUAGUUGCUUCAAAGUUUUCUCAAAUAGUAAGAAGCUGUAAAAUGAACAGGCCAAAAUGUUUUCUUGUUUAAAAGUGAUGGGGAAAAAAGUAUUCCUUCAUUUAUUCUGCUGGCUGCAAUCUGUGGAUAGACAAUAAAAUAGACUGCUACAGCAGAAACAUUUGAAAUCCAGGAUUAUGUUUAGUUUUAGGAUCAUAAAUAUGGAAAUAUUUUUAAAUGAUUAUACUUCACACCUUUUAAUUUCGAACACCAUGCUUGGUGCAACUUUUCUGUAUCAGUUUUUAAUCAUCCAUCUUUUUGUUUCUCUUAUCUUUUGGAAAAACUCCCUUCUGACAUUUUUUUGUUUUUCUAAUUCUCUGAACUGUGGUUGAUCUGCUCAGGAUUCCUGCCACCAACAUCAACAAGCUCAUUGGUUUUGUUGCUCUUCUGUGACCUUUGAUGACUUUUCGUGUUCAUUAUUCACAGUUUUUCUCUGUUACUUUGUAAAGCUGACAUACUUCACAACAGGUGAGGGUUCAAACUCUGUUUUGUAGUGGAUGUUGUAUGAAAACAUUUCUGGGUUUAUGGAUUUUUUUGGGGGGGGUGGGUAGGGUGGGAAUGUUGGGAUACAGAUGUUUCUACUUUGUAAAAUGAUGGAUAAUUGUGUAUUUACUGUCUGUUUAUAGUAGAUUUAUAUAUAAAAGAAAGUAUAUUAUAUAUCUAUACAUACUGAACACUUUGAUCUUGUUUAAAAAAACAACACUGAUGGUUUCUAUCGGUCGUAUGUGCAGCCGACCCCUUUUAACGUUGUUACUGAAGCACCUUGGCUGUCUUUGGUCACUGUUAACGUUUCUAGCAGCGUUUUCUGUCUGUUUUACUCGUCUUUCACAAGUGAUGAUUUAUCGCUUUUAUUUAUCUGAUGGGUACCACAAACACUGUUACAGUAUGCCUCACAUAUUCAUGCACAUAUUUGUGUCAUUCCAUGUUUCUGAUGCUGUAUGUUUGUCUGUACUUGUAGGAUUUCAAUUUACCAUUCUGAAGUUAUCAGUUAGAAAUUAGUUGUUUUUUUCUGCCCCAUAUUUUUCCACUUUCUUGUUUUUUUUUAAGCGUUAGUUUUUUUGAUAGAUAUGAGCAGUCAGUCUUACCUGCAGAAGGCAGUGAUCAGAUUUUAACAUUUGUAAAGUGAAGUCGAUCUAAAAAGUGGAAACAAGCUCUUAAAGCUCCAGCACCUUAAUGAGCCAUUUUAAAACAUAUUCCAACUUUAAUAUGAUGUACAAUCUGAAAAUAUAAGAUAAAAUAAUAUAUGUUGGAGAGAAAAUUACCUGUAGAAAUGUGCUCACCUAUAAAUUAGAUCAUUCCAAUUUAUUCCUCCUCUUCAUUUUUUUUAUUUUAGUUUGUGCUUGUAAGUAAAAUCCCUCUUCAGCUGUCGAGCUGACACCUGAACAUUUUUGGUAUGUAAAGUUGUUCAUUCCUUCCUCCACCUUGAUAAAAGUCCCAGUUUUAUGUGAGGAAUAGUAAUUCCACAUCAUGAUGCUGUCGCCACGUCUCAUUGAAGAUAUGGUGUUAAUUUAGUGAUUGUAUUUUUGUGCCAAGCACAUUGCAGCUCAAGUUUGCCACUAGAUUCAGAGGAUUUAAGCAGGUUUCAAUGUUUUAUUUAAGAUAAAAUGAAUUAAUAGAAAUUCCCUCUGCUUCUUCAAUGGCACUACUAGUGUUUGUGAGUAGUCUUAUUUCUGCAUUUUAAAUAUAUAUUAAAAAUGCAGUGAAUUUUCGUUUUUUGCUCUGCUCCUGACUGAUACCUUUGCAAAAAUAAAAAAUAGGCCAUUUUCAUUGCAAAAUAUUUAAGCAACUCUCAGAAAUAUCUCACCAGGACAUCUGAGCUUUAUUUAAAAUUCAUCAGAUUAUUUAUAAUUGUUGGGAAUCCUGAAAUUAAAUUAAAAAGAAUCCUGACAUUAAAUUAAUAAGAGGUUUGGAAAGUAUUAGAUAUGCACAUUAAUGUAACUAUGUUGUUUUCACCCUGAUAGAUUUGUUGGUUUGUCUACAGUGAAACUGAUCAGGAAAUAUCCCAAAUUAAAGGUAGAAAUUUUUUUUAAAAUGAUAGUUACUUCCUUUUGUUGGGAUACAAAAACCUAAUUGACACUUUUUAGAGCCACUAGUUUUUUUUUUGUUUUUUUUUUGAUGGCACAAAUCCACUUUCUUCUUGACUUAGCUGUAGACUCAUCUGUAUGGUUGGAUUCUUUAUCACUUACCCAAUGAGAGAGCCGUCUGCUGUAGGACGGACACUAACUGCUCAUAAACUGUCCACAGAACCCCAAUGAUAAAACUCUGAACUGACCCUUUAAGGUUUCUAGUGUCAUCCUGAAGACUGAAGGGUAAAUUUGUCCUCCUGUGUGAUUCACUGAUUGUUUGUAAUAAGUUUUCUUUUCUUACCAGAAUACUUUUAAAUCACUUUUGUUGAUUUUGCAGGCAUUAAUUUCCUUUAUUUGGAUUUAUAGCUCUCCGGUCUAAAAGACCAAAGCAGAAUAUUUUUUUUUUGUCUUAACUAGCAAAAACCAAAAAAAUUAACUGUCAGAUAUAAUUUUUUUACAAACGUAUUACCGUGGGAUAAUAUCUGCUGAUUAGCAACAUUUCAGCACAACUUCUUUUUUCUUUUGCAUUUGGACUGAAUGUAUUUGAUCUCCAGGGGCUUGAAUCAUGUCCAAUUCUGGAAAUUAAAAGCUACAUGCUUAACAAGAGGAAUGAAAUUAAUACAUAUUUUUAUUUAACCUCUUAAUAAAGUUAAAUAACAGUUUAAAUGUAAAUAGCUUUUUAUAAACUAGAAGCAGAUCUGAGAGGACCUUUGCAGCAGGAUGUUGGUUGACAUCAGUUUUUAUACGUCUCUUUACAUUCCCAUUUUUUAAUCAAAACUCACACUGUUUUGAGCUCUUCUGUAGCUCUGGGCCUGCUUAUCGAGUGCAUAUCGAAUGUAUACAGAGGUGACCGAGGUCGGGCUGGGGUGAACAUGACCUCACGCUGGAUCCGAGGACAUCGCUGCACGCGUUGACUCACUGGAGGAGAACCUUCCCAGAACUCCUGCGGCUUUUGCUGCUGCUUUAUGUUUUGGUUUCUCUAACGCAGCCAAAACUAACGCUGUCUGUCUUCACAGUUAGUCUUAAAAACAAUGUCCAGUUACCGAAAAGAGAAGGAGAAAAAAAACACGACAUUCCUUUUUUAUUAGAGUGACCAUUUAUUCAGAGGCUGACCUGCUUUUAUUUUGACUCUAACAGCUCAGAGAACUGAGUUCAUUCGGGUGGUCUCACCGAACUUCACUUCAUUCUUCUUUUCUCUCUGCAUGUUGUCUGCAUGUCGGUCCGUCCGUCCCAGGUCACAUACCAGCACUGAAGGACAUUAGUACUUUCACUGUAUCCAAACUGUCUGAUCGCUUUUACUUCAUGUUCAGGUGGACUUUGGGUGCUUUUUACCUGUAGCAUAUGGAGUCAUCACACCUGGAGUUGUAGAGUCAGUAUCUAACCUUAGAUUUGAUUGUAUUUAUGUAGAAGCUGUUCCAGUGGGGCGCUUUGUAAACUGCAGCAACAGAAGGAGGCUUUGUUAUAAAUCUGUGUAAGAUGUGACAUUCAGAGGACAUUUUUAUCCUUUUUAGUGCACUUUGGUGAUGAUUAGGGUCUUUGUCACAUCUGGACGUUUUUAAAGCUCCUUGUUACAGUCGUCUAUUCCACUAAGAAACAAAUCAAAAAGCCAGUUUUCUGUACAUGACCACUGUGCUUCAAAAACAAGCUGUUCCAGGUUUACAUAUGUAUAAAAUGCAUACUCUUUGUUUUUUUAUUAUUAUUAUUGGUUAUGUUUUUGACUUGUUCUGCCGUUGUUACAGAAAUAGUACAUUUUUCUGGGAAAACCUUUACUCUAAAAAAUUGUCUUUGACAUGUAUAAUAUAAAAGUAUUCUUUUUGGACAAAGAAAACAGACUGCAUUGUGUGUGUCUUUUUCUUUAAGUGAUAGUUAUGUUUAAAAUGUGAACAUCCUGAGGAACGUUCAUCUCUUACACCCACAUUUAAAUUUUUCAGAUGUCAAAGAUAACCUUGGUAAAUAGAAAAUGCAGUUGCAAAUUGUUUUCUUUAAAAGAAAAAAAUCCCUGCUCCCUUUCUCUCUGUCUAUUUCCCAACUGAUUAAUAUAAACACAGACCACUAGCACUUCAAAAUUCAAGAAAAAAAAAACAAAACACUUGAAGCCAAUCUGGCCUUCUAUAAAAAAAACAAAUUGCCCCCCAAACGUACAUUGGCAGCAACAACUGACAAUCAGCAUUUGUGAAAACUGUUGAGCGCACUAUUACCGUACAUCUCUUAGAGGAAUUGUGGCCCACUCUUGUUUGUAUUUUUCUUUUCUUUUUUUUGUACAGCUGUUAAUACUGUCUUCAAGUCCAUGCUUGACAUUUGUUUUGUUGAUCUAUUUUGCAUUCUUUUCAGUAUUCAUACUGGGAUCAAAUGGCUUCCUAAAGGCACAGGUUUGUUUUAAAAAAAUAAAAAUUUAAAUCAA